AUGAUCGUACAUGAAGGGCCUUUGAUUAAAGCUCCCAUUGCUGGCAUCAAUGUUCGCGUCCAGGAUGGAGCAACGCACGCAGUUGAUUCUACUGAAAUUGCCAUGAUCAACACUAUGCAAAAUAUGAUGCGUGAAGCGUUCGAAAAAGCUGAAUGGAUGCUUCUUGAGCCCAUCAUGUCAGUCGAAGUUACGACUCCAUCUGAGUUUCAGGGUAAUGUAACCACAUCGCUCACACAACGGAAUGCUAUGAUCACGUCCACCUCUACAACAGAAGGAUACACUACAAUAGAUUGCGAAUGCCCUUUGUCCGACAUGUUUGGAUAUACCUCUUUGUUACGCUCGUUAACAGAAGGGAAGGGAGAGUUCACCAUGGAGUAUUCGAGGUAUGCUCCAACUACACAAGAAGCUCAGGAUAGUGUCGUUCGUGAAUGGCAAAUCACCCAUGGUAUUAAUAGAUCCCAAUGCUGA